AUGUACCGGGCAGUGGUGCUGCUGACUCUCAUCAGCACGAGCGCAGCUCUGAAACCCGAGUGGAUCCCGGGGGAUUAUCCUAUGACAGAGGCAGGGGCUGAGAGCUUCGUGAGCGACUACAACUCAACCGCCGAGGAGGUCUUCUACUUCAGCACAGAGGCCAGCUGGAACUACAACACCAACCUGACAGAUCACAAUUCGCAGCUGCAGGUUUCUGCGUCUUUGGAGGAGCAGGCUUUCACAGAGGCAUGGGGUCAAAAAGCAAAGGCUACCUUCAGUGAUUCUCUCAUGGAGAGCUUCACUAAUCCAGACCUGAAGAAAAUCAUCAGUAAGAUCAAUGUUCUGGGACCUGCCAAUCUCCCAACCGCAGAGAGAGAGCGGGUUUCUGCGUCUUUGGAGGAGCAGGCUUUCACAGAGGCAUGGGGUCAAAAAGCAAAGGCUACCUUCAGUGAUUCUCUCAUGGAGAGCUUCACUAAUCCAGACCUGAAGAAAAUCAUCAGUAAGAUCAAUGUUCUGGGACCUGCCAAUCUCCCAACCGCAGAGAGAGAGCGGUACAACACCAUUCUGAGCCAGAUGGACAGCAUCUACUCAAAGGCAAAGGUGUGUCCCCCUUCAGAGGAAUGCUGGUCUUUGGAGCCUGAGCUCACAGAAAUAAUGGCUACCUCAAGAAGCUAUAAGAGGCUUCUGUAUGUCUGGGAAGGCUGGCACAACGCCUCAGGGGUCCCACUCAGAUCCCUCUACCCUGAGUUUGUGGAGCUCAGCAACAAGGCAUCUCGGAUGGACGGCUUUGACGAUACAGGCGCUUACUGGCUUUCCUGGUACGAAUCUCAGACCUUCAAGCAAGACCUAGAGAAUCUGUUUAAACAGCUGGAACCUCUCUACCAAAACCUGCAUGCCUUUGUUCGCCGAAAGCUCUACGACUACUAUGGUCCUAAAUACAUCAACCUCAAGGGUCCCAUCCCUGCCCACCUCUUGGGCAAUAUGUGGUCACAAACGUGGAACAACAUCUACAACCUGAUGAUCCCUUUUCCUGACAAGCCCAAUGUAGAUGUGAUGGACACCAUGGUUGCUAAAGGUUAUAAUGCUACUCACAUGUUCCGGGUGGCUGAGGAGUUCUUCACCUCUCUGGGUUUGCUCGAAAUGCCUCCUGAGUUUUGGGACAAGGCCAUGCUGGAGAAACCCACCGACGGAAGGGAUGUGGUCUGCCAUGCCUCUGCCUGGGACUUCUACAACCCCAAAGACUUCAGAAUCAAACAGUGUACCACUGUGACUAUGGAGCAGCUUUUCACCGUGCAUCACGAGAUGGGCCAUGUGGAAUAUUACCUCCAGUACAAAGAGCAGCCGGUCAGCUUCAGGAGAGGAGCCAAUCCUGGCUUCCAUGAGGCCGUAGGGGAUGUGCUGUCUCUGUCUGUCUCCACACCCAAACAUCUCCACACUAUCGGCCUCCUGGAACAACUGACCGAUGAUGCUGAGAGUGACAUCAACUACCUGUUGAAGAUGGCUUUGGAAAAGAUCGCCUUCCUUCCUUUUGGAUACCUUAUUGAUCAGUGGCGCUGGGGUGUGUUUAGCGGACGAACACCGCCUGAACGUUACAAUGCAGAAUGGUGGCACCUCAGGACAAAAUACCAAGGCAUCUGUCCACCAACCAGACGUUCAGAGGAGCAUUUUGAUGCUGGAGCGAAAUAUCACAUUCCUGGAAACACACCGUACAUCAGAUACUUUGUGAGCUUCAUUCUGCAGUUCCAGUUCCAUCAGAAAUUAUGUCAGGCGGCUGGACAUACCGGACCUCUGCACAAAUGCGAUAUCUACAGAUCAAGAGAGGCUGGAGCUGUUUUAGAGAAAGUCUUGAAGGCUGGUUCUUCAAAGCCUUGGACAGAAGUGCUACAAGAGGCUCUGGGCACUGACAAAAUGGACGCCAGCCCCCUGAUGAGCUAUUUUGAGCCAGUUACUACCUGGCUGCAGGAACAGAAUGCGAAAACAGGAGAGAUGCUGGGCUGGCCUGAUUUUAAUUGGGUGCCACCAGUACCAGAAGGUAAAAUAACAGAUGAGAUGCUGGCCAAGCAGUUCUUAGAGCAAUACAACAGCACAGCGGAGGAGGUCUGGAACUCUUACACCGAGGCCUCCUGGACCUACAACACUGACAUCACUGAAGCCAACAAGGAGAUCAUGCUGCAAAAAAACUUGGAGAUGGCCAACCACACAAAGAUCUAUGGACUAGAGGCCCGUAAGUUCGACACCAGCGACUUCCAGGACGAGUCGGUGAAAAGAAUCCUGACCAAACUGAGUGACCUUGAGAGAGCUGCACUUUCUGAAGAUGAUCUUAUAGAGUACAAUAAUUUGCUAGCAUCCAUGGAGACCCUGUACAGUGUAGCCACAGUCUGCAAGGAUCAAUCAACUUGUCUGCCUCUAGAUCCAGAUCUGAAUAAGAUCAUGGCCGAGUCCAGGGAUUAUGACGAGCUGCUGUUCGCCUGGCAGGGUUGGCGUAAUGCCUCGGGCAGAGAGCUCCGCAGCAGCUACAAGAGAUAUGUGGAGCUUGCCAAUUUAGCUGCAAAGAGCAAUAGUCACACGGAUAAUGGGGCAUUCUGGCGUUCUCUGUAUGAGACCCCCACCUUUGAAGAGGAUCUGGAAGCCUUGUGGAAAGAUCUAGAACCGCUCUACCUCAACGUUCAUGCUUAUGUGCGCAGGGCACUGUACAAGAAAUACGGACCAGAACGAAUCAACCUUAAAGGACCAAUUCCAGCUCAUCUACUCGGAAAUAUGUGGGCCCAAACGUGGUCUGCUAUCAUGGACCUUGUCAUUCCAUACCCUGAUGCCACACAAGUGGAUGCCACGCCAGCCAUGAUUGCUCAAGGUUGGGACCCCAAACGGAUGUUCCAGGAAUCGGACCGGUUCUUCAUUUCUAUAGGUCUUCUGCCCAUGCCUCCUGAGUUCUGGAACAAGUCCAUGCUGGAAAAGCCAACAGAUGGACGUGAAGUGGUCUGCCAUGCUUCUGCUUGGGACUUCUACAACCGCAAAGACUUCAGGUACAAGCCUCAUAUCACA